AUGGCUGUCGCGUUGCCACGUCGCUUCUUUCUUUCACCACCACCACCACCAUCCACCCCACCAUCUCAAGCCACGACCGCCCGCGACGACAACGUCGACAACGCCGACAACGACGCCGACAAUGAUGCCGACAACGACGACAACGACGCUGGUGACGAUGCCAACAACGACGCUGACGACGACCACGGAUGGGUGCCACGUGGUGACGUGGCAGAUCCACCACCACACCACGCCGACGUCAACGACACCCACGACCAAGGACGACCGCCCACGGACGUCAACGACCGCCCACGAAGACGACACGACCGCCCACACAGACGACACGAAGACGACGCGACGACACGAAGACGAUGCGACCACCCACAAAGACGAUGCCAACGCCCACGAAGACGACACGACGACAUGAAGACGACACGACGACGCGACGACGACACGACCGCCCACGAAGACAAUGCGACCGCCCACGAAGACGACGCAACGAUACGAAGACGACGCAACGACGCGAAGACCCACGAAGACGAUGCGACCGCCCACGAAAACGACGCAACCGCCCACGAAGACGACGCAACCGCCCACGCCACGACUGCCCACGCCAAAACGAGCUCACCGCCCACAAACGUGGACCCAGAGCACCCACGCAUGGAGGAUUCCGCUCGCGUGAACGGAAAUGGGCAACGACGAGCCCGGUCUAUUUAA